AUGGGGGCCGGGCUCAGUCAUGCUGAUCCGGCAAGAGCCGCAUGGGGAGUGCCAGCGGGAUGGCGAGAGCGAAACAUUCACAGAAAAAAAAGGAGAGGAGAAGCAGUGGAAUGGCUAAAGAAAACAAAGAUAGAGGCAGAGGUGGGAAAUAGAAAUAAGGGGGCUGUCACAGGGGGGAGAAGUGAAGAAGGCAACAGAGCAGCUGACACUGAGAGACUGAUGCAGGAGAAGAUGAAAGGGAAGGACAUUGGAGAGAGAAAGAUGGUGGGUAAACAGAAAGAGAGAGAGAGAGAGCAAGGCGGAGUAGGUAAAGGAGCGGCGGAUGGAAAGAAGACAGAGUGA